UGUUAUAUAUAUAAAAAAAUAAUAAAGAUCAACUGUGGUUAAGUAGAAUUUAUUUUUCAAGUUGCACGUGGAACUGCGAUGUCACGUCGACUUAUGUAUGGGUACGUAUGUAUUCGAGAUAGAGAAUAUACCGACUGGCGGAGACGAUCUGUCAUUGUAUCUGUACUGUAUACAUAUAUAUAUGCAACAAAGAAACAUAACCUCCAUAACGUGCCUAGUGUCUAGACAGAAUCGCACAAAGAAAUGUAAAUUGAAAGAAUAGAAUUAUAUAUUUAAUUAUUUAUAAAAUGUCAGACGACAAUAAGGAUGCUGAAUUGCGGGCGUACAAAAACGAUCCACGAACCCCAUGUCAAUACGGCAUAAAAUGUUAUCAAAAAAAUCCGCAACACCACAGCAAGUACAAACACCCACCAAAAAGAGAAAAGAUGAAACAAAAUUCCGAAAAGAUAAUUACUGGUGCAAAGCGAAAAGCUUUUGUUAAAGACGGCAAGAAGAAAGAAGCGCGUUCGGAAAGUCCGCAAAGAAAAUUUCAGAAGAAACAAGAGUCUUCCACAAGAACCUUGUACAGUAUUUUUCAGAAUCGUAAGAACACUAAUAAGAAUGAGGAUAAAGAUAAUAAUAAAAAGUUGGACGAAAAAGUAGAAGUAGCACACAAGGAUACAGCAACGGCAAAAAAUGAUGAAGAUAUAAGUAAGAAACAGGUAGGCGAACAGGCGAAGGAAGUGACAGAUGAGGAUCUGCCAACUGCAGAAAAUGAAGAUAAAGAUAAUGAAAAGUUGAAUGAAGAAGCGAAAGUAACAGAUGAGGACACGGCAACUGCGGAAACAUCAUCGAAUCAGUGUGGUUCCUCAUCCGAUUCAAACAAAACCAACAAAAUUGAGGAUGUAUCAUCAUUGACUGUUGCUCAAAAAAUUGCGAAUCUAUUUUUGGUCGAGAUGCCGAAAGAUUUCUUCGAUUUUUAUGAGUUUUGCAAAAGUAUAUCAAACAAUAAUCCUCUCGCGGCAUUUAAAUCCGUUCAGUUGAGACUUGUCGGCCCGUACGAUGUGUUGGGAAAUAAGAUAAGUUGUGAAGAUAACAAAGAGAAGUAUUUAACGCAUUGGAGAUAUUAUUACGAUCCGCCGGAGUUUCAGACAAUUUUGAAGAGCGAUGAUAAAGAUGGACUGCAUUUUGGUUACUGGAGAGAUGAUGUCACUGAAAAACCAGUAUUUGUAGCAAAGAAUCGAGCGGAUGUGAACUGCGUGUUCGAACCUGUUGCAGAAAAUAUAUUUGGCGCUGUCGAUUCUUACUUACAAGACAAAUUGAAAUCUGCCAAUCCUUUUAAGAAAACCAGCAUAACGCAUUUGCAUUCUCAGUUAAAAAGGUACGCGAAGCAGCAUGAUAUAACUCUAGAGAAAAACACGGUGAACAUGAAAUUGAGAGAAAAGCGAGUUGUUGCGCGCACCUUUCACAGAGCGGGUAUUGUGGUACCUUAUGACAAGAAGACUCAGAUGGGUUACAGAGAUUUGGCAGCGACGGACAGCGAUAUGCAAAAGAUAUUGAAAAAGAUAGAGGAAGCGGAUACUCCGGAUGAGAGGAAGUCAUCGAUGGCGAAGCUCGACGAAAUCAUGAGAUUGGCAACAAUAGCCGCGGACGAGUGCGACUUCGGUACUUGUUUGGAGCUGGGACACGAUCUCUUCUCGAACGGUGGCGUUCACGUUCAGAGCAGAGCUUUGAACAUGCUGUCCAUUGCUUACACUCAUUUGCAGAGGCCGCAGCUAUUGAAGAUAGUUGAGGCGCACUUAAAGAACAGAAAGAAAGGUUGCGAAUUAAGUGUGAUUUAAACAUGCGGUGUGUGAUUUGUUGUAUUUGUAUAAAUAAAAGAAAAAACACGAUAA